AGAAAAGGCAUUGUUAUUGUUGUUGAGAGAGAGUUCGUGGGUUGCCUCGCUUAACAUCGCUGUCGUUUUGUUUUUCAGUCCAAACACAAUCAUUCAUUCCUUGUUGCCGUUUUACUCUCUCUCUCUCUCUCUCUGAAAUUGAAUUCAUCAUUCAGCAACAUGAACGACCUUCUCACUGAUUCAUUUGUUAGUGAGGCUAAUCAUGGACAACCUUCUAGACAAGGUGAUAUUGAAAUGGGAUUGCAGGAUCAAAGAAGCAGUUCUGAUAUGGGAAUGGAAGCUUUUAAUAAACAGAUCCAAGAUGCUGAUAAACAAAUUGAGAAGGUGUCUGCGCUACUUCAAAAGCUAAAGGAAGCUAAUGAGGAAUCAAAAGCUGUUACAAAAGCAUCUGCCAUGAAAGCUAUCAAAAAGAGGAUGGAAAAGGAUAUUGAUGAAGUUGGGAAGAUUGCACAUGGGGUCAAAGCAAAAAUAGAAGCUAUCAAUAGAGAAAAUCUGAACAAUAGACAAAAGCCUGGCUGUGAGAAGGGAACUGGUAUUGACAGAGCAAGAAUGAAUAUGACAAAUUCAUUGACUAAAAAGUUCAGGGAUCUCAUGACAGAAUUCCAGACUCUCAGACAAAGAAUACAAGAUGAAUAUCGUGAGGUUGUGGAGAGAAGAGUUAUUACAGUUACGGGAACUAGACCAGAUGAUGAGACGAUUGACCACCUGAUAGAAACUGGAAACAGUGAGCAAAUCUUCCAGCAGGCAAUUCUUGAAGCAGGCCGAGGACAGGUCGUGAGCACUGUAGAAGAAAUUCAGGAGAGACAUGAUGCUGUGAAAGAAAUUGAGAAAAAACUUCUUGAUUUACAUCAGAUUUACCUUGACAUGGCAGUGUUAGUUGAAGCUCAAGGAGAAAUUUUAGACAACAUCGAAAGCCAGGUGGCAAACGCAACUGAUCAUGUGAAGUCGGGUAACGAUGCUCUACAUACUGCAAAGAGUUUGCAAAAGAAGUCAAGGAAGUGCAUGAUGAUUGCCAUUAUAUUGGUCCUGCUCAUCGCCAUCUUUAUAGUACUCGGUGUUGUGAAACCAUGGAAGAAGUAACCAGAAGAGUAAAGUCACUUUUACACAAGAGAAAUUUCAAUAUUUCAAAUACAUGUUUUUUCAAGUACAUGUCAACAUACAUUUGAUACAGCAGUUUAACAAGGUUCAUGGUAUCUCCUAUUUUUACAUUUCUGAUAGAGGUAUCUAUGUUUAUUGAAUUGGCUUUCUGUGCAUAUUUGCACGGUUAAUGCAUACUAAGAUGUCAACUUUUAUAUACUCUGAGUAAUCAAAGGAAAAAAAAAUGCACCUUUGCAAUUCAUGGCUAUCAUUUACUUGUGAGCAUUGAUGACUUUCUUACCGGAGAUCAAUGCUACCCACACUUCACUUUGGUUAGCCAACUAUUAUGCUUAUUUAACCAAUGAUCUACUUAUAGUUAACCACCAAUCUAAGAGGGAUUUGGCAACUAGUAGUUACUCCCUCUGUAAGGAAAUAAAAGUAAAAA